GAGCGUGGGGUUAAGCGGCCUCCGCCAUACUGGGGUGAGAGCCUAGAACAGGAGGCAGGGCUCCCCCACCCCCAAACCCCAAACCCAAUCCCCACACUCGCUGCAGUGGGACGUGAAAAGCCCGUCCCAUGCUCUGGGGAGUUAGUCGCCUUCCACUGGGACCCUCAGACGAGUGAGCGAACAUGAAGUCCAGUCCUGGCAUCCAAGCCGCCAUCGACCUCACAGCGGGGGCCGCCGGCGGGACAGCGUGUGUGCUGACCGGGCAGCCCUUCGACACAAUAAAAGUGAAGAUGCAGACGUUUCCCGACAUGUACAAGGGCUUCACCGACUGCUUCCUGAAGACGUACACCCAAGUAGGUCUCCGGGGCUUCUACAGGGGCACUGGCCCGGCGCUGAUGGCCUACGUCGCCGAAAACUCGGUCCUCUUCAUGUGCUACGGGUUCUGCCAGCAGUUUGUUAGGAAAAUGGCUGGACUGGACAAGCAGGCAAAGCUGAGUGAUCUACAGACUGCGACCGCGGGGUCCUUUGCCUCUGCAUUUGCCGCAUUGGCUCUCUGCCCCACUGAGCUUGUGAAGUGCCGGCUACAGACCAUGCAUGAAAUGGAGAUGUCAGGGAAGAUAGCAAAAAGCCAUAAUACAAUUUGGUCUGUCGUGAAGAGCAUCCUUAAAAAGGAUGGCCCCUGGGGCUUCUACCACGGACUCUCCAGUACUCUACUUCAAGAAGUACCGGGUUACUUCUUCUUCUUUGGUGGCUAUGAACUGAGCCGAUCCUUUUUUGCAUCAGGGAGAUCAAAAGAUGAACUAGGCCCUGUCCAUUUGAUGUUAAGUGGUGGAGUUGCUGGAAUUUCUCUCUGGCUUGUCGUGUUCCCAGUGGAUUGUAUUAAAUCCAGAAUUCAAGUUCUUUCUAUGUAUGGAAAACAGGCAGGAUUUAUUGGUACCCUCUUAAGUAUUGUGACAAAUGAAGGAAUAGCAGCCUUAUAUUCUGGACUGAAAGCAACUAUGCUUCGAGCAGUCCCUGCAAAUGGGGCGCUGUUUGUGGUCUAUGAAUACAGCAGGAAGAUGAUGAUGAACCAGUUGGAAGCAGACUGAAGUGUCUUGGUGAACCCGGACCCGAGUCCAUGAGUCUGAGGUCUACAGUUCAUCACAGGGUUCAACAGAGUAAAAGACCAAGGCGAAUUCUGACUUCAUGGGAAUUUUGGUUUUAUCUUUCCUUCUUCUACCCUAAACCUUAACUUUAUGGAAGGGCCUCUAUUUUACAUCAUAUAAUUUCUGCCCAUAAUUGUAUUGAAAUAGAAAAGUUGCUGCUCUUGUCUUUGCUGGGAUGUACAGGGUGGACUGGUUGGCCCUAUGUACCUAAUCUGGAAAACUAAGUAUCAUUCUGUCGGGGCCUUUGCAUAAAUCGGUUUGUGUGUC